AUGUGUGUUUGUCCUCAAUGUUACUAUGGAGGACAAUGUCAAUUUAAGUCAACUGCAUUUCGUCUCUCACUUGAUGCCGUAUUAGGUUAUCAUAUUUUACCACAUAUUAAGAUGAUACAACAACCAACUAUAAUCAAAUUCAGUCUGGCAUUAACUAUAAUUAUGACUAUAGCAGGAUUUAUUGAUGGUAUUCUAUCGGUGAUGACAUUUAAAGAUCAAGAACUUCGAAGUAGAGGUUGUGGUGUUUAUCUAUUAGGAUCGGCAAUUACAACACUAUUUACUAUGAGUAUGUUUGCAUUAAAAUUUUCAAUACUCAUUAUUACACAAAUGUCAUACACUACAAAUCGAUCAUUCCUAAAUUUCCAAUGCAUUUCAAUUGAUUUCUUAUUACGAAUUAGUCUUUAUAUGGAUCAAUGGUUAAAUGCAUGUGUAGCCAUAGAUAGAGCAAUUACUGCUGUGAAAGGAACUAGUUUUAAUAAGAAUACAAGUAAAAGAUUGGCUCGAUAUGUAAUAUUAGCUCUUAUAUUAUUUGUAAUUAGCACAACUAUACACGAUCCAUUCCAUCGGAAUCUAAGUAAUGACAACAGUGAUGAUGAUGGUGAAAAUCGAAUUUGGUGCAUUGCUAGUUAUUCUUCUGCAGUUAAAAUUUACGAUUCCUUCGUUAAUAUAUUUCAUUUUAUUGCUCCAUUUUUUAUCAAUUUAAUUUCAGCAAUAAUCAUUAUUCGAACGACUUUUGUUUUACAAAGAAAUGUUCAUCCUAAUGAAAGUUAUCGCAAAAUUUUAUUUGAACAACUUCGACAGCACGGCCAUCUUUUAUGUGGAUCUUUUUUCUUAGUUAUCCUUGCAAUACCACGUAUAAUUAUUUCUCUUAUUUCAAAUUGUAUGGAAUCAAUCAAUGAUCCUUGGUUAUAUGUCAUUGGAUAUUUUAUUUCGUUUAUCCCGUCUACACUCACGUUUGUUUUAUUUAUACUACCAUCAAAAAAUUAUAAAGGAGUAUUUCGAAAAACGAUUCAACAAUAUCUAACAACAAUAAAGAGACAUUUACAUAUCGCUUAG